AAAAUUAUGUCCCUGUUCGGUUUAGCUUGGCCUCAGGGGGGAAAUGAUGAUGGGGGAGACACGAUCUGUUUGAGGCACCUGCGCAGUUUCACCGUGCCGACAUUGAAGAGGUAUGAAAAAGCCAACCAUUCUUGUGAAUGAAGAGACGUCAUGAGCACAAAUCCCUCCCACUCAUUCGGACCGCGUGUCCGUUGCCUUCCUCUUCAGCGAAGCCUUAAAAAGGCAGCCAAGACCCCCCUAUGGAAGAGGCACCUGAACAAGAUUCACAGCAGUGCCAGCACCCGUCCCAGAAAUCCUCGUCAGGCAGAUCAGAUCCACGUCAGUAUGUGGAGCUCGCUGGUGCUCGGCUGGUGGGUCCUGUGUGGAACCCAGGCUUUGGCAGGGGCUGUGCAUGGGAGUGGCCGUCCCCAGGAGACUCCAUCCAGCCUGCUAAUGUCAGGGAAAGAGUCACCGUUCCUGUCCAGCAUAGGGGGAGGGCCAUAUCACAGACUUGGCCCUGAGCGCUUCGUCAUUGAGUCUGAGGAGCUGCUGGUGGAGGACACUGGACUGUACAACGAAGCGGAGGACGUGUCUGAGUUGCUGCCCCUGCAGAGCCGGUCGGUGCGCUCCCCCCGUCGCUGUUUCCGCCACGGCGAGUCCUGCCUGGGCCACCAGCUCCCCUGCUGCGACGCCUGCGACACCUGCUACUGCCGCUUCUUCAACGCCAUCUGCUACUGCCGCAGCAUUGGGCAGGCCUGUUCCCACGGGCGCCAUUAACUGCCUGGCUGCAGAACCCGCCCCCAAAACCCGCCGGCCCCCAAAAACCUGCCCCCAGAACCCGCUCGCCCCCACAACACGCCCUCCACAGGCCUGUUCCCACGGGCGUCACUAACCGCCCGGCCACAGAACCCGCCUGCCCCCACAACCCGCUUGCCCUCAAAACUGAUAGCCCCGCCCCCAAAACCCACUUGCCUCGACAACCCGCCCUCCACAGUCCUGUAGCCAUGACGCCAACUGAUAGCCCCCCUCCCACAACCUGCCUGUCACAAUCCUGUAGCCAUGGCAAAGACUGAUAGCCUUGCCCCCAAAACCCACUCACCCCGACAACAGUCCUGUAGCCACAGCACCGACUGUUAGCCCUCCUCCCAGGACCUGCCCGUCACAGUACUGUAACCAUGGUACCAACUGAAAGCCCUCCUCCCAGAACCUGCCCGUCACAAUCCUGUAACCACGGUACCAACUGAAAGCCCUCCUCCCAGAACCCGCCCGUCACAAUCCUGUAACCACGGUACCAACUGAUAGCCCCCCUCCCACAACCUGCCUGUCACAAUUCUGUAGCCAUGGCAACGACUGAUAGCCUUGCCCCCAAAACCCACUGACCCCGACAACCCCCCUCCUGCAGUCCUGUAGCCACAGCACCGACUGUUAGCCCUCCUCUCAGAACCUGCCCGUCACAGUACUGUAACCAUGGUACCAACUGAAAGCCCUCCUCCCAGAACCCACCCGUCACAAUCCUGUAACCACGGUACCAACUGAAAGCCCUCCUCCCAGAACCUGCCCAUCACAAUCCUGUAACCAUGGUACCAACUGAAAGCCCUCCUCCUAGAACCCACCCGUCACAAUCCUGUAACCACGGUACCAACUGAAAGCCCUCCUCCUAGAACCCACCCGUCACAAUCCUGUAACCACGGUACCAACUGAAAGCCCUCCUCCUAGAACCCACCCGUCACAAUCCUGUAACCACGGUACCAACUGAAAGCCCUCCUCCCAGAACCCGCCCAUCACAAUCCUGUAACCACGGUACCAACUGAAAGCCCUCCUCCCAGAACCUGCCUGUCACAAUCCUGUAACCAUGGUACCAACUGAAAGCCCUCCUCCCAGAACCCGCCCGUCACAAUCCUGUAACCAUGGUACCAACUGAAAGCCCCUCUCCCAUAACCUGACCCUCCUCUGGCCUGUUGCUACGGCACCAACUGAAACCAAUGUGAGCCUUUUACCACUUUCGUAAGGUUACGCAUUUGGGGUGCCCCGACUGAGGUGGAAUUUUUUGGGUCAAAUGAUGAUCGUGACUUUUGGGGGAAAUCAAGUCAACUGACAUCUGGUCUGUUAAUGUUCUGUUUUCAAUUUGGCAGAAUUUCACAAAGCCAGAUGUGAAAUAGAAUUUGCAGCACAAAAAAAAAAAAAAAAAAACAUGCCUCAGCAGGUCUGUAGUUAUUUUUAUCAUUGUGUUUGCUCCUCUGA